GAAAUAAAUCUUUCGUUCCGCUUUCUUUAAAUAAAAAGCCCUUCUCCUCUUUACGCUUUUUCUUUCUUUUUUAACCAUCCUACCCUCUCUCUCUCUCUCUCUCUUUCGAACACGUAGACCUAUAUCACAGUAUCUCUAUACAUAUACCUCAGCCAUGAUGACUGAUCCGCUUACAAAUACAGAAUACCACCGCCCUCCGCGGAUAUAUCGUCAACAACGUGUUGUCACUGGCGGCAAUGAUACUAGACUCGCUGCAUUCCAUCGACCCCCAUCAGCCUUAUAUAGCACCACCACCAAUAGCAACAAGCGUCAACGCAAGGCAUCUGAAGGCGAGCUACGGAAGCGCAUUCGUGAGAUCUAUCAAGAUGUAAACCUUGAUAGUAAAGAAAAGGCGAAGCAAAUCCAGCAUCUCAUGUGCCAACCGACAACGCCUACAGCCACAUCAUCGAUCGAAACCAAACUAAUAGAACCAGAAGAUGUCUAUGCUAAAACAUAUCAGGAUGAACAUAGAGACAUACUUGGAUGUCCACAUUACCAACGCAAGGUCAAGAUCCAAGCCAAUUGCUGUGGCAAGAUCUUUCCAUGUCGGAUAUGUCAUGACGAAGCGAGUGACCAUCCAAUCAUGCGUCAAGAGACAAAAAACAUGGUGUGCAUGCUUUGUAAAACGCUGCAGCCGGCCGGUCCAACUUGCAAUCACUGCGGUGAACAGGCAGCGCAAUACUAUUGCGACACAUGCAAGCUUUGGGACGACAAUCCAUCGAAUUCUACGUAUCAUUGUGAUGCAUGUGGCAUUUGCCGCAAUGGCCCCAGAGACAACUUUUUCCACUGUCCCACAUGUAACGUGUGCAUGACCAUCUCGAUGAAAGACAACCACAAAUGUAUUGAACGCAGUCUGGAAAGUGAUUGUCCCAUUUGCGGCGAAUAUAUGUUUACGAGUCGUACCACAGUGACGUUCAUGCCUUGCGGUCACUGUAUCCACAAGCCAUGUUAUACUGCGUACAGUCAAACCUCUUAUCAAUGCCCCACAUGUUUGAAAUCCAUGACCGAUAUGUCUGACUAUUUCGCCUUUCUGGACCGUGAGCUUGCCCAACAAUCCAUGCCUAACGAAUACAAGCAUUACGUCUCUCAUAUCUUUUGCAAUGACUGUGAAAAACGGUCUGACGCUCCCCAUCACUUUUUUUAUCACAAGUGUUGUCAUUGCAAGAGCUACAAUACGACUGUGCUCAAAACAACUGACCAACAUGAUUUAAUUAGUAGCAGUAGUAGCGCUACUUCUUCCUCUUCCACUACCGUUGCUACUAUUACUACCUCUUCCUCUUCCACUACUCUUGCUUGAUUUCUCUAGUCCUUCUAUACACCUCUCUACUUUUCUCUCUCUAUGUGUACAUGCUUCUCCGUUCCUUUGCUUUCUUUUUUUCUUUGCUUUUUU